UCUCGCCCGUGCUGUCACUUAUCUGUGGUAGGUGGUAGGUGAUAAAAUUGAUAAGCACACAGUACUUGUUGAUUAAAAAUUGAAUCAAUAGCAAAACAAACUGAAACGCGAAGCGUACGGGGAUUUUCACAAAAUUGUUAGUAUGCAAGUUAAGGAUAAAUUUGUACUAAACUAUGCGGUCCAAGUUGUUAUCGUGGUCUUCUGUAUUAUCAAUUCCAUUGUAGGACGAAAGUUUGCCGAUGAAGGCUAUUACCCUGGAGACUAUUACAAUGCCCAGCAAGAGCAGUAUGCCAAAAUAAAAACUGCGCUAGGAAAACUCGAACAUGCACCCCAGUACGUCCCAAACUGGCCUAACCCCAACAUCAAACUCGGGCAAGUGUCCGGAGUAGCGCUGGAUCCGACGGGCCAGCUCCUAGUCUUCCACCGAGCAGAUAACACCUGGGAUGAGACCACAUUCUCCAUGCGUAAUGUGUACCAGAAGAUAGGAGAGCCGCCCAUUCCUCAUAACACUGUGCUGGUCUUCAACGAUACCGGAGAGCUGGUGGAUAUGUGGGGGAAGAAUCUUUUCUACAUGCCCCACGGAAUCACGGUGGACAAGCAGGGUAACGUGUGGGUGACUGAUGUGGCGCUGCACCAGGUCUUCAAGUUCACACCGCGGCAGAGGGAGGAGCCUGCCCUUGUUCUAGGGGAAAAGUUCGUGCCAGGCAACGACGAGCGCCACUUCUGCAAGCCGAGCGCCGUCGCCGUCCUCGACUCUGGCGAGUUCUUCGUGGCUGACGGCUAUUGUAACACGCGCAUUAUGAAGUUUGGUCCUGAUGGGGAGUUACUACUACAGUGGGGUAGCCAUUCCCGAUUCGCUUCCCCAUUCUCAUUCAACGUGCCGCACGCCCUAACUCUGGCCGAAGACAGAGGCCUAGUAUGCGUGGCGGACAGAGAAAACGGUCGAGUCGCCUGCUUCCGGUCUGAUAAUGGGACUUAUGUCGCUGGGUUCAAGAACUGGCUUAUAGGACCGAGGCUAUUUAGUGUUGCCUAUUCUCCAGUUAGAGGUGGUCGCCUGUACAUAGUCAACGGGCCGUCGGGCAACGUGCCCGUCCGAGGCUACGUCAUCGACUUCACGUCAGCUCGGCUUAUCGGCACUUUCGCUCCUGAGGCGGAGUUCAGCAACCCACACGAUGUAGUUACUACCGCUGAUGGGUCUAAGGUCUACGUCGCCGAGCUCAAUCCGUUCAGGGUAUAUAAAUUCGAAGACGAUGUUUUGCGGAACGAAACGAAAAUUGAGAAGAAUAUGAGCGGGCCAGUCAAACCUACCACCACUAUCGCGCUCGGUGACCAAACCGCGAUGGUGCCACUGGACACUUGGGACACGUGGCGCGGCGCGGUGGGCGGCGCGGCCGGGGCGGCGGGCGCCGCGUUGCUCGCUGUGGCGGCGCUGGCGCUGCUGCGGGCGAGGAACAAAGGUAAGGACGAGCAGGCCGAGCCGCUUGUCGCCUAAUGCCCGGUUACAAGGAGUUUAGCGAACAGUUCGUGAUCUUUAACCUUUUCACCGCUACCUGUAUUCCUGAUAAUGAAUGAAGUUUAAAAUGCACCUUCAAUCCCUAUGUUGUAUAAAAUAGUGUUGGUUAAUACCUGAUAAAAUUGGUAGUUAUUUUUGUGUUUUAUACAACUCUGGUGUAAGCAAUCUAUUGAUAAAAGUAUAAAACACGAUCAUAAAAUUCUGUUCUCUAAUCACCAAUUUAAAUUAAGUACAACGACGUGAUGCCCGUAAAUAAAGUUGGUCUAUCUUGUCAGUAGAAAAAGGCAGCAAAUUUGAAAAAUGUAGGUGCGAAGGGAUAUCUUCUCAUAGAAAAUAUGAAUUUCGGGCCUUUUUCUACUGACAAGAUUUGCUUGACCAACUAUAUAUGCUUUAGAGAUGAUAAAAAGAAAAUAUUUGACGCAUAUUGUAAUACAUAAGCCAACGCGCCUAUGUAUUUGUACUUAAUUUAUUAAUAUGGAAAACCUCGGUUACCAAACUAAAAAUCUAGGUCAUACGACUUAGGGUUUUCACGUUUGGAAUAACCAGUUUCUUACCUAGUCCUCUUGCCCGUCCACUUUACAAAAAUGUUAUAAUAUAAUUAGAAUAUAAAUAUUUUAUUUUUUCUCAAUACGUAUCGUUUUCUAUACGUACAUAUUUCAAUACGUAAGUAGCCAAUUUACUUUUGAAAGUAGACAUCCAAAACCAAACGUUACUCGCAAUGUUAGGAGUUACAUUUUGUACGCGCUCUUAAAUGUAUAGUGUGUAACCCGUUUUAUAUAUUUCUUAUUUUAUUUUAUUUUUUUAUAUCAUGUUUACAUCUGUAAAGUUAAACUAGAUGAUUUAAUGAUUUAAAUAUAUAUUUCAAUGUUUUAAUUUAUCUACGCGUAUCUAGUAGAAUUAAUUUCUGUCUCAAUUUUACCUAAACUGGUUACCUUAAGUUGUUUUUUUUAUACCUAUUUUAUGCAAUUAAGUUUAAAAAAACUGACCUAAAUUUGUAAAAACAUAGCUCUAAAUAUGUAACCUACUUUACCUACUUACAACGAAAUCGCAAAAUGGCCAAGAAAUUAUUAAUUCAUUAAAUAUGAUUACGAAUAUUUUGCAUGUUCUAAAACUUUUUAUGCUUUUGGGAUUUGCUUUAAUCCUUUUGGUAUGCAAGAUUGAACACGACAUCUCAUUACUGGGCGUGUCGAAAACAUUUUCCACACUAAAAAGAUCAUUAUGUUUUAGCUAGUCUUGCAUGCCAAUAGCCAACUGAGAUUUUUUUUGUGCAUUUUUACAAUUCGAAUCUAUUAUAUAUUGUAAUCAUAGUGUUUGGUCUUGAUCUCGUGUUACUUGAAAAAGUUAUCGCUAAAAAUAAAUUGGUUAAGUAAACGAACAUUCUGUAAUUACAUAUCCAAUUUAUAUUAUGUUAAUAACAAAGAAUCUAUAAAUCCAUAAAUAAUAAUUAGAUAAAUAUGGUAGUAGAAACUUUAGAUUUUUUCAUUUGUGAUCUGAUCUCCUUUAAGCUUUGUGAUCUGAUAACCAAAUUUAACCUUUUGACCGCCGUUGAUAAAUGUAACCAUUUACACAUUACGAUCGAAAAAAAUUGCGACGUAUUUAUUGACUUUCGGUGGACAAAAAGUUAUUAUUUCUUUUUAAAUUUUACACACUACACUAUUUUUAAUCUUUAUAUACACCUUUAAUAUUACGUUACGCUUGUUUAUCAUUCCUAGCACAAUGUGUUUCGUACAGACUUUAUUUAUUUGUAAUGCUAGUAUUUAUUUUGUAGUACUCAAAGUACGUAAUGUUUACUUUUAGUUAUGCUUAUGCUUUAGUACUUAGUGAUGCGAUGUAAAAAUAUUUAAUUGAAAUACAUUUAUUGGAAGCAGC